AUGAGAAUCAGAUAUCUUCAUCUCAAGCGCAAGGCAUUUAGGUUGAAAAGGUUUCUGCUAAGAGUUCUAGGCAGAAAGAGAAGGCUUAUGCCGGCAAAGAAGCCUUCAUGGAUGACACCAGUAACACAUGGUUAUCAAGUGGUGGAGCAUCACAUGAUCAUAGAUGGUUCAGAUUACUCAGAUUUUGAUUCAAUAGUGGUACAAAGAGAGCAAAUGGAUCAAACAGAAUUGUGGUAUUUUGGAAUCUUUGAUCCACUAGUUGGAGACAAGGUUACCAAGUACAUGCAGUCUCAUUUCUUUUCAAAGAAGCUUCAAGAGGCUCAAAUAUGGAGAAAAAGCAAAGAAAUGAUGAAGAGAGCUUAUGUUGGUGUAAGAGCAAAGAUGAGAGAAGAGAAUAGACAUGAAGAGACAGGUAGAAUGGGUUCAGCAUCUGUUAUGGUAAUCAAUGGAGAAAAACUUGUAAUAGCUAAUAUAGGAGAUUACAGGGUUGUUGUGUGUAGAGAUGGCAUGGCUCAUCAGAAAACUGACACUUAUCAACAAUCAGCCAAAAGACAUUGGUCUCACAGAAUUUUUUCAGCAUAUGAAUCAGGAAAUGCAGUAGAUACAAGGCAUUCUAGCAGCUCAGAGCUUGUUAUCAGAAACGAAUGUAUUGAUUCUGAUACUGAAUUUUUGAUAUUAGCAAGCAAUGGCAUAUGGGAGGUGAUGAAGAACCAAGAGGCUGUGAAUCUAAUAAGUCACAUAGAAGAUCCACAAGAAGCAGCUGAAUGCUUGGCAAAAGAAGCUUUAAAUAGGAUGAGCAAAAGCAACAUCUCAUGCUUAAUCAUUCGCUUUGACUGA